CCUUGAUUUUUCAAAACUAAAAUCACAAAUUAGUUUCCAACCAAGGCGCAUUUUAAAGAAAAGCUUGGGUUUGAGUGGAGAUAACAUUGAACCGUUCAAUUUCCCGUUCCUCUUUUGCAUAGACCGACGAGAAAUAGAUAAGAAUGCGGGUUUGCGAUUGGUUAAAAAGUGACGGUGAUCGCGAAGUUUGCGUUGGUUCCUUUUCUGUAAUCAACAAAACCGAAACGACUUGAAGGAAAAACUUAACACAAUAUCAAUAUCAAUCAUAAGCGUGCUGCUGAUUUAACUUAAUCUUUUAUAUCUACAGAUAUACCUACCUCUGUUCAAAACGCUCUGGAGAAGAAGCAUAAUAAUUUUAAGGCCCACAAAAAGACGUGUCCAAAGAAUUAUAAAGGUCUUAUUCGAAAACUCUUGUCAAAAGGUGAAACCCUGGUAGAUGUCCGUUUGUGUCUUGGAUGUUACGCGGAUGACGAACUGUGCCAUGAGCAUCCUCUAUUUGUUGGCGAUCUCUGUAAAAAAUGCUUUAUUAGAUUGAAGCACACACUCCAAAAAAUCGGCGAGGAUGGCUUUCACCACUUUUGCGUCAUUUGCGGAAACGGAGAGCACACAAUCAUGUGCGAGAGUGGCUAUUGUGGCAAAGCCUACUGUGUCCAUUGCGUGGAUGACUUCUUCAAAGCUGGCACUUGGGAAUCGUUUACAGGGGAGGAAAAGUGGAUUUGCUUUCUGUGCACUCGGCAAGAGCAAGUGGGCGUGCUUUCAAUAAGACCGGACCAUAUCCUUCGCAUUGAUAAAAUGUUCGAUGAGGGUAACCAAAUUCCUCUUGUAAAUGCUCCUUCGAUAAGUGGAAGUAAAAUUCGAGUGCUCUCAUUGUUCGAUGGCAUUUCGACAGGUUUUUUUGCGUUGAGCAAGUUAGGUAUCGAAAUGGACGCGUACUACGCGUCUGAAACCGACAAAGGGUGUAUAAAUGUGAGCGCACACAGCUCUUCAGGGAAGGUAAUCAAUGUUGGCGAUAUAACAUCUAUUACAGAAGAGGAUGUGAAGAGAAUGUCACCCAUACACUUGGUAAUCGGAGGACCUCCAUGCAUUGAGGCGGAUUUGGACAAUCGCAAGGCCAAGGAGAGCGUUGAUUUCGACGGCAUGUUUCAUCCUUUUCUAGAAUUUUAUAGAAUACUCUGCUUAGUUUCGAAAUGUAAUGAAAAUGGAUUUUAUUGGUUAUACGAAAAUGUUACACCUGAGGGACUCAGUCCUAAGGAUUUGAUCAACAGAUAUUUGCAAUGUGAGCCGUUUAUGCAGGAUACCAUUUACGUUUCGCCUCAACACAAAGAGAGGCUUUUCUGGGGCAACUUACCCUUGCAACUCCACACUAUUGCUGUAAGACGAAACAACAUGCAAGGAGACUUACUGUCCUGUCAAUCGGCUACUAGUUCGCAGAAAGUGAUAUCUGAAAGGAUAAGUUGCGAUUCUCCAAUCAGUGAUGAACAAAACAACAACAGCAGUGAGUUCAUCGCCGAGCUUGAAAAGAUACUCGGAUUUACCGUCAGCAAUUUUAAUAUUUGGAAUAUGUCCGCGACUCAGAGGAAAAGAGCGUUGCAAGCUGCAAGAAGUAUACCCGUGAUUAUGUAUCUGUUUACCCCCUUUCAGCAAAUUUGUGUGGCUUAGUUUGCCAACGAAAUUAAUACCUUAAUGUGCAAUUAUG